GAUGUCUCCCAAACUCGCUCUUGCAACGGUGAUCCUAGCCCUCUCACUGGCCACCAGCUAUUCAGCUGUUCCAAUCCAAAACGGAACAUCGGCGGUUACACCACUACCGGUCAGGGCCAACACUCGGUACUUUCGGGUCAACACUCCAUUCUUCCGGGCCGCCCAGUUCCCCAACCAGCGGUACUUCGUUUUCAACAGCCGGCAGGUGACCUUCUUCGAGGCUUGGCACCUGUGCGCUUCGAUCGGACUGCGGCUGGCCUCGGUUAACUCGGCGGAAGAUGACGCCGCUCUGAAGUUGGCCCUCCGUGCCGCGGGCUCGAACCAGGUCGGACCGUGGUGGAUCGCCGGAACGGACCUGGGCAAGACGGGACACUUUGUGUGGAUCACGACGAUGAAGCCGCUGGGAUACAGGACGGGCUAUUCGAACUUUGCCCCCGGGGAGCCGAACAACGCUGGAGGAGUGGAACACUGCGUUGAGGCGGGAUGGCCCAGCGGAACACUCUGGAACGAUAAGAACUGUGAGGCCAGAAGGCGGUACGUGUGUGAGACGUACAAUUCGGAGUAUUGUUAAAGGUUGAGUUUUGCAGUAUCAUAAAUGAAAAUGCAAUCAAAAAAUAUAAUCAUUGAAAAAAUUA